CGCCCCCUUAUUAUCAUCUUCCAAAUUCUCCGAUGUUAACUUCACUUCUCAGUGCAACUUUAAAUGGACCAAAGAUGAAGCCAUCAUAGAAGAGGACCACAGAAGCGUUUCUUGGUGUCGCAGAAAUGUCUCCCAAAGUGCCUGGUGGGAAAGGAGAUUAUUCUGCAGUGCAAGUAGCUGUUCGAGUACGUCCUCUGUUACCUAAAGAACGUCUGCAUUGUCACGAGAGCUGCAUUAUCGCAGACUCUGAGCUGUGCCGGGUUACCCUGGGACAUGAUCGACACUUCCAUUGUGACUUUCUGUUUGAAGAAACCUGCUGUCAGGAGGAGGUCUAUGAAGUGGCUGUACAGCCACUUGUUGAUGCUUUCUUCCAGGGGUUCAAUGCCACAGUCUUUGCCUAUGGUCAAACAGGCUCAGGGAAGACUUACACAAUCGGAGAGGCUAAUAUUUCUUCCUUUAGAGAUGAGGAGCAAGGUAUCAUCCCCAGAGCUGUUGCAAAUAUCUUCAGGUUGCUGGAUGAGAAUGACCUUACAGAUUUCUCAGUCCGAGUCUCCUAUCUGGAGGUCUACAAAGAGGAGUUCAAGGACUUACUCGAGAUGGAGACUGCCAGUAAGGACAUCCACAUCCGAGAGGAUAAGGGCAACAUUGUUUUGUGUGGUAUAAAAGAGUGUGAAGUGGAAGGUUUUGAUGAGGUAUUGAGUUUACUGGAGUCGGGAAACACAGCCAGGCACACCGGUGCAACUCAAAUUAAUCCAAACUCCAGCCGGUCACACACCAUUUUUACCAUGCACAUGGACCAACGGCGAGGAAGCUCACGUCUUUAUGGAACUGCCACUUCAGCUGGACCACAGAUGUUGUCUUCCAAGUUUCACUUUGUUGACCUGGCUGGGUCAGAACGCAUCUUGAGAACAGGAAACACUGGGGAGAGACUGAAGGAGAGUAUCCAGAUUAACAGUGGUCUACUGGCCCUGGGAAAUGUUAUAGGGGCAUUGGGGGACCCCAAGAGAAAAGGCUCUCACAUCCCCUACAGAGACUCAAAAAUUACAAGGAUCCUGAAAGACUCUUUGGGAGGAAACUCCAAAACACUGAUGGUUGCCUGUGUUAGCCCAUCUUCUUCUGACUUUGACGAAAGUCUGAAUACACUAAACUAUGCCACAAGAGCUCGAAAUAUUCAGAAUCGGGCUAUCGUUAAUUGCAGGCGUGAGCCAGAUCGGGUGGAAGGGCUGGAGCAACAAAUAAAGGCCCUACGCAAAGCCCUUGAAAACCGUCAGCGUUCUGAGACCCGUAUCAUUGCUCAUGCUGACCCAAACAGACGACCUCGACUAGGAGAGGCAGAAAUCAGCAGACUGCAAGCUCAAAGUUCCCACUACAGAACCUGCACAGACACUGCUUACAGGUUGCUGCGGGAGCUGCAGAGUGAAGACUCACUGACCACAGAACAGUCAAUCAGAGUGAAAGAGUGGCUAUGUUCAGUGGAGGAGGAACGGAGUGGGCUGAGCACUGCCUCAGGACCAGACAGCGGUAUCGACAACAGCUCCACCGAGGACAGUGUUGCAUUAAAGAGGGAACGAGCUGAUCGGGAUGUUGGGGAGGAGAGGUGGAGCCAUGAUCAUGAAAGUGAAAAAGAUGACCAAAAAGAGGAUAGUGUUGUUCAGCUUCAAGUCCAGAUCCGGCGCUUGGAGAAGGAGAACACAGACUUUUUGGCAGCCCUGGAGGAUGCAAUGGAGCAAUAUAAGCAACAGAGUGAUAAGCUGCAGGAACAGCAUGACCUAAUAGCAGAGCUGCAGAGUCUCCUCUCGACUCCGGGAUUGAUGGGCCUGGGCCUAUCGCGGCCACAUACUGCACCUAUAAGUGCCACACAGCACAGUCAGAAUGGCGACACAUGCAGACAGCUCAGUGCAGCUGGCUGCUUCGGCAGGGCAUCAUGUGGAGAGCGUGACUCUGAUCACUUCGAGAAACAAGAAGUCACAGGAGCUGCAGAAAUGAAGGAGAAAGAAGAAAAGGGCAGUCACUCGAACCUUAUCAAGGACAGACAUAGGCAGGUGAACCCAACCUGGAUGAAAAGGGACAUGCUGAUAGGGCGACAUGGACCGGGUGGAAAAGUGGUGGGGUCACAGCUUCUUGAGACAGAUCAUCUCUCCAAUUCAGUUAGAAAAGCAUCCAACUGCAGUUCUGGGGACACCUCUGCACGCGAAAGUUUGAAGUGUUUCGAAAGUGUUUCAGAGUGGGGCCUACUUCAGGCGCAACAGAAGAUCAGAGAACUAUCCAUCACCAUUCGCAUGAAGGAAGAACUAAUCAAGGAGCUGGUGAAAACAGGUAAGGAAGCUCAGGCCCUGAACAAACAGUACAGCAAUAAGAUUACUGCUCUGGAGAGUGAAGCUGUACAAGCACGGCAUGAGCUCCAGGAAGCCCAAAGACAGCUACAGGAUCUGGAGAAACAAGAGCGAGAAAUCAGUACAACAGAUAGAAACAGAGUGCAGGAGUGUCGCAGGAAGAUCGCUGCUGCUCAGAGCAAAGUUCAGGUUUUAAGCCAACGUCAGAGAGAUACAGCUCGUCUGGCUAACUUGCCAGCAUUGAGUGAGCGUCGAGUGCUAGAGCUGGAGCGCAGCGUACAAAAUAUGAGACAACAGCAGGAGCAGCUCCAACGCCGACUGCGCCAAGAAAGUCAGCAGAAACGACGUCUGGAGAGCGAGAUGCAGAGAAGAAGUCACAGAGUCAAGGAACUUGAGAUAAAGAAUGAGCAACAGCAAAAGAUCCUGAAGAUAAAGACAGAGGAGAUUGCUGCCAUCCAGCGACAGAGGCGCAGUGGUAGUAACGGUUCUGUCGUCUCUUUGGAGGAGCAGCAGAAGAUAGAAGAGCAGAAACGUUGGCUGGAUGAGGAAAUGGAGCGAGUACUAGAACAAAGAAGAGGCCUGGAAGAUCUUGAAGGAGAACUCAGUAAAAGAGAGGAAAUCCUGGCCAAGAAAGAGGCCCUUCUGCAGGAACGCAGUGGACUGGAGACCAAGAGGCUUCGCUCUAGUCAGGCUCUGAGUAAAGACCUAGUGAUGCUUACAGGACGUAUUGAGUCACUUGAGCGAGAGCUAAGUGAGAGAAACGGACUUCUUCGUAGCAGCAGUGCACAGGACUCUCAACAGAUUCGCCAGGAGAUCUCGAAUCUGCGUCAAGAGAAAGACUCUCUCCUAAAGCAAAGAGUUGAGCUGGACGAUAAACUGCGGCAGGGGACCCUGCUCUCUGCUGAGGAGGAGCGAACCCUUUUCCAGUUGGACGAAGCGAUCGAAGCUCUUGAUGCAGCGAUUGAGUACAAGAAUGAGGCCAUCACUCAGCGACAGAGACAGUUGAGGGCAUCUGCCAACAUGCUGUCACAGUGGGAGAUGAACCUCAUGGCCAAACUCAGUUACUUGUCUGCCUCAGAGACAAGAGCUCUGUUGUGCAAGUAUUUUGACAAGGUGGUGUCUCUCCGUGAGGAGGAGCGUAAACUCCAGCUUGCUCUGGCUGAGCUGGAAAUGCAGUUAGAAGAGCAGCACUGUUCAGUGCAGUGGUUGGAACACGCCCUUGAUCGCACGCAGCUUGACACAGAUCGCCGUCUCACACAACAGCAGAAAGAACAUGAAAGGAGCAUACAGCUCUUACUACAGCAGUGUCGAGAACAACUGGACGAGGGUCUGGCGGGAAGGCAGUGGCAGUAUGAGGGAUGGAUCCAUAACCUCAGCAAAGAACUUAGCUACUAUAAGGCAGCUAAUCUUGAUCUGAGUAACAAGCUUAGGGAGAUGUGUGGAUCAGUCGGUGCACCGAAGGAGCAUGUUAAAGUAGCAGUACCUGAGGGCAGACAAGGAGGCGUCGGCAGUAUGGAUAAGCUGAACCAUUGCUCAGAGGAUAACCAAGCAGGAAGAGGAGCACUUGGUGCUGAGAAACCUUCCAGAUCAAGGGAGGAAAUGCGUGAAUUUGUGAACGCCCCUCUGCCUUCUACAUGGAGGCGCUCUUCUCUGCCCACAGAGGAGCCCACUGUCAUGGAGGAGCUUUGGGUCCAUGCAGAAGGGGAGGUUCCUGUUAACCGUGUUGUUCAAAUGGGGAUGGGACCCUGGGGUGGGCCAACAUCCCUUCCUGUGGUUAAACCUCGUCAAGAGUGGCGUCGCUCCAGCCUCAACAUUGGACCACUUAUGUCAAACAGUGCAUUAAUUGACGUGCGGAGAAAUCCUGUCUGAAAGUCAUUUUUAAAAUCCUGGCUGUUUCUUCCUCUGUGGUUUCAGCUUUGUUUUUGUAUAAUUUUUGUUGACAUUUUGUAUUUUUAAUACUUGUACAUACCGUUUUAACAAGUGCUGUGAUUUUUUUUUUAAACAGUAUGUUCACUACAUUAAUUUUAUAUUUUUAAUUGAUGCAGUAGUAGAUCAGAUAAAGCUGUGGAAGUAAGUUGCUUGAAUCAUUACACUGAAUUAAAUGUUUUGUUCCACUCUACCCAUUUCUACUGUUGACCCUAUUUUGCAUUAAAAUAAUUUUUGCAUCCUA